GGAGCUUCGCUCCGAGCUGCUCGGAGUUUGUCAGUUUCCUAAAUAUAGCGGACGGACAUCGUCGGCGUGUCUGUUUUCUGUCUGUCUGUCUGCCGGGGACGCUUAGAGAUAAAGACGGCAUUUACACCAGCUGCUUUUGAGGGCUGGGCAGGUCGAACCGCAUUGUUCUGAGGAAGUUUCUGUGCAGUUUCUCCACAGUCGUCUUUCCAUCUUCCCUCCAGUCCAGCUGCCUCUGGCCAAGCAGGCUGAUGGCGAGUUGAUGCCGGCGUAACAGCAGCUGACGUCAGGACUAUGUGUUAAGGAUUGCCUUUUGAAUUUUUAACCACCUUGAGCCCGCUGGUAUUCCUCUUCGGCUGUGAGUGGAGUUUGUGUCGGCCAUGGGGAGGAAGAAGAUUCAGAUCAGUCGGAUCCUGGAUGAGAGGAACAGACAGGUGACUUUCAUGAAGAGGAAGUUCGGCCUGAUGAAGAAGGCCUACGAGCUGAGCGUUCUCUGCGACUGUGAAAUAGCCCUCAUCAUCUUCAACAGCUCCAACAAGCUGUUCCAGUAUGCCAGCACGGACAUGGACAAAGUCCUGCUAAAGUACACAGAGUACAACGAGCCCCACGAGAGCAGAACCAACACCGACAUUUUAGAGGCACUGCAUAAGAAGGAGCACAGAGGCUGCGACAGCCCAGACAACGAGUCGUCCUACGUCCUCACCCCCAGCACCGAGGAGAAAUACAAAAAGAUCAACGAAGAGUUUGACAACAUGAUGAAAAGUCAUAAAAUAUCCACAGGUCAGCCGCAGCAGCAUUUCAUGCAUGCAGCAUCAGGCAGCACCACCUAUUGCCAUGGAGCAGGAGGAGGAGGAGUGACUUCCCAAGCUCUAGCUGCAGCCACAGCAGUGCUGUCUGACAGCGGGAUCCUCUGCUCGCCUCACAUACACACCCACAGAAACACAAACUCCUCACAAAGACCUCCCAGCUCCGGAAACACAGGUGGCCUGCAGGGCAGCUCAGAUCUGGCUCUGCACAAUGGCUCUGGAGCAGCUGUGAACGGAUUCAUGGGCUCCAGCGGUGGAGGUAUCGUGGGGAAGACCGGACCGACCAAAUCUCCUCCUUCUCUCCUGCACCAGACCAGCGGCCCGAUCCCCGGCGGCCGCAAAGGCGACCUGCGGGUGGUCAUCCCUCACUGCAAAGGAAUGAUGCUGAGUAACCAGCGGCUGGGCGGCGGUCAGUCCACUCAGCCUCUCUCCACCCCAGUGGUCUCUAUCGCCACACCCAGCCUGACUCACCAGGGUCUGGGUUACUCAAGCAUCAGCUCAGCCUACAGCAGCGCUGCAGAUUACUCCCUGAACAGCGGUGACAUGACGGGCUUCGGCUCGGCCGCGGACCACUCUCUGGGCUCCAUGACGCCCUGGGAGCAGCACCAGCUCAGCUCCUUGGGGUCGGCCAACUCCAACCUCUCCAUCAGCACCAGCCACAACAUCAACAUCAAAGCGGAGCCCAUCUCCCCGCCGCGUGACCACCUCCCCCAGCCCGGGUACAUGACCCAUCACCCCGCCCCCCCUCGCCCCGCUCCUGCCCCUCCUCCUGGCUCUCUUUCCUCCCGGGCGGACCUGGGCAGGUCCCCCACAGGCAGCGUCGGCUCGUCCUGCAGCUCCCACGAGGAUGGCAGUGACCGGGAGGAGCAGCAGCAGCAGAAGCGACGGCCGGACCUCCACCCGCUGCCCGUGGCCCAGUCAGACGGUGCCGAGAGCCCGACUGUGAAACAGAUGAGAAUGGACAGCUGGGUGACGUAGAAAGCCCGGCGUUUACCCGGGAAACGACGUUCGACAUCAGGACAAAAGGCAGCAGGGACACUUGCUAUGCAAAUAAAGUCACGGAUCUCAUCCACGCUUUCUGUUGAUUAACUUUUAUCUUCUCUGUUUGUUUCUUCUGCUUUUUUUUUUUGUUUUUUUCUUUAAAUCUGGACAAUCUGUGGAAAUAGAUUGAUAAAUCCCCAGCUGCGGUGCAAUCACUCGGCUCUUUUCUGACGGCGUCGUGACAUAAGCAUCGCUGUCUGAACUUCUCAGGGCGAGAGACAUUUGAAGCAAUACUUCCUCCACGUCCCACGUCUGUAAUCCUUCCUUUAAAAUACAACUAAAAAUGAAAAAUGACUUAUUUAUAUCGCUGCCAAAGCACCGUACCGUCCGCAGAGCAACACGUCUCAUCAGCAUCAUCGCCGUCCAUCUGAACCACGUCUUUGUUGUUUUGUACAUAACAUCUCUAUCAUGUAUCACAUGUAUUGUAGCAACACAGUAUUGUCUGUUUUGUCUCACACUCCCACCGGGUUUUGCAAAAAUAUACCUUUAAAGGUGGCUCCUGUGUCCGUUUUCUGAUUGUCACGUAAAGAGUUCUACUGUUUAGUCAAGUUGGCAUUUUCCCUCUUAAUCUUCUCAGUGCCGCAUAGCGACAGCCGUUUUUAUUGGCAGGAAGUAGUCGGGGUGCACUGAUAAAUUGGCCCACAUGUUUCCCAGUUUUGGGUUUAUCGCCCAGAACUGGGAACCACUGAAGCAUGUGCAACCGAUCUUAUCCGACCAUCUUAUCUACCUCCACAAAAAUCAGCUGCUGUCCUCAUUAGCUCUGCUGGCCCAAAAUAACAAUACUCAUCCUAACGUUACCAACAAAUGCGACUCCACUGUGCAUAAAGGCAAAGUCUAAAUGAAGUAAAGCAAGUUUUAUUUUUUUCUGAGUUGUUUAGAUUUGCAAAGAGACAUUAUGUAGCGAACAGCAGCAGAUAAAGCAACAACACUGAUCUAAUCUGACACAAUCUGUAUUUGGGUUUUAUCGGUUAAUGUAGGAAGACGAAACUGCAUAUAUACUAAGUUGAACUCCAAGUUGAACCAUGAAAACAACUCACCUAAAAUACCGGGAGGAGCAGCAGCAGCUGUUUUACUGUGAAAUUACUUAAUAAAUAGACAUGAGCUCAACGUUACUGUUGCUUCCAGAUGUGGCUCGUGCGUCAGAUUUACUGUGUAAUUCCAGAACAGUCUUUAUUUAUAAAAAAAGUGAGUCCUCCAGUCUGCCGGUGGUUCCCUUUAAGAUUAUUUUUAUUUGAUUUCAUUCCAACUUUUAAAAAGAAAGCCAAAACGCAGACGCGUGAGCGGAACAGCGAGAAAUUAGGGCAAUGUGGGAUGGUGCGCGGUGGUAAAUGUGGUAAAUGAUGCAAAAGCUGCAAAGGAGUCGACCACAACAGUUCCUCUGGUUAUUCUACAGCAACUAUUUUCCCAACGACAAGGUUUCGCCGUUUGAAUGUGCCGGAAAAUGAGAGCGCAGAAGCAGUUGGAGAAGCAAAGUAUGAUGCACGAAAGAGAACAAAGACAAUAAAGGGGGCUGGCUGACACUUUUCACACCUUUUGUAGAACUGGUCUAAGAUUAAACAUGGAUAGGAAAUGAGAAUAGUGUCAAAUGCCACAAAACAUUUCCACAGAUGUAAAUAAUGCUCUACAUUGAACGCGAACUGCUGUGGUGUUGGGGUUUAUGGUCAAAGCUUCUUUUUAAAGACCUGAGGACCUGGAGGUCUGUUUUAUAAUUUGCUUAAAAAGGAUUAUUUUUUUUAUUAUUUUGCCCUCUCUCCAUUGCCUGAGAUAAAAAAGAUUUUCCUCUAAAUGAAGAAAAGCAAGUAAAGAUGAAAAUAUGGACGUCAUUUCCCCUGAAAACCGCUAAUAAAUAUCUCAAAGAUAACGUCAACUUUGUAUUAAAAGUGUCAUUAUUUAAUUAUUAAGUAAUUAUUUAGCAUUUUUAAUCGGUGCUUUCAACUUGCCAGGCAGUGAACAUUGAUGAGAGAAGCAGCUCACUCUGGUGACUCUGGAGGAGCUGCAGAGAUCCACAGCGCAGGGCAACUUCUAGUAUUAUCAACCUUGAAAAGUGUCAGUCAGAGGUUGCUGAAAGAAAACUACAUCACCCUGAGCACCUGAGUUUGAAGUAUUCAGAGAAGAUGAAUAGGUCGACUUUUCAGCCUGGAGAUGUAAAAACUGAGUGAGACAAAGGGACAUAUUACUUUGAAACUGUUCCACACAGUAUUGACGAUCGCUGACUCAUACACACAUUUUUUUUUUGUGAAAUAAAACAUGUAGGCUAUCUAUUCCACCUCAAAAUGAUGCCUCGCCU